AUGGAGUGGGACAACAACAAUUCGGAUCUGAGAGGCGACGAGGAGGAAGGAAGCUUCGACCUCAACGAUGGCGUUGGUACAAUCCCUUUCCCUGUCGAGAGCUUGCUUCAAACCGCGCCUUGUGGGUUCGUGGUCACGGAUGCUCUUGAGCCUGACCGCCCUAUCAUCUACGUCAAUACCGUAUUCGAGAUGGUUACUGUGUAUCAAGCUGAGGAGGUGCUCGCCGCAACUGGUACAUCUUUUCUCUCCCUUUGUUUUGCUAAUUCAGAGCUGUGA